AUGGUACCCAGGUUUAACUGCAACUGCAAUUGCAACUGCAACUGCAACUGCAACUGCAACUGUAACUGCAGCUGCAACUGCAACUGCGGCUGCAACUGCAACUGCAACUGUAACUGCAACUGUAACUGCAGCUGCAACUGCAACUGCAACUGCGGCUGCAACUGCAACUGCAACUGUAACUGCAACUGUAACUGCAGCUGCAACUGCGAUUACAACUGCAAAUGCGAAUGCAACUGCAACUGUAACUGCGACUGCAACUACGACUGCAACUGCAACUGCAAUUGCAACUGCAAUUGCAACUGCAACUGCAACUGCGACUGCAACUGCAUCUGCAACUGCAACUGCGACUGCAACUGCAACUGUAACUGCAACUGCAACUGUAACUGCAGCUGCAGCUGCGAUUGCAACUGCAACUGCAACUGUAACUGCAACUGCAAAUGCAACUGCAACUGCAACUGCGACUGCAACUACGACUGCAACUGCAACAUCAAUUGCAACUGA